GGAGGGGGUGGGCCUCGCAGGGAUAUAAACCCACCCCGCUGAGCCGGCAGUGCUGGAGCUGCAGGUCCAGGCAGGGUAGCAGCCCCAGGAUGAGGAAUCUCCUCCUUGCCGUGCUCCUGGCUUGUGGGCUGCUCCCGGCCGGCAGCAGCGUGCUGGAGCUGGAGCGGAUGAUCCGGGCGGCCACGGGCCGCAGCGCCCUGCUGUCCUACAGCUGGUACGGCUGCUUCUGCGGCAUCGGCGGCUCCGGCACGCCCGUGGAUGCCACCGACCGGUGCUGCCAAGCCCACGACUGCUGCUACAGGAGGCUGAGGGAGGGCAGGUGCAGCCCCCUGAUCACCCCGUACAGCUUCACUGCCAGCGACGGGCACAUCACCUGCAGCACCGAGCAGAGCUGGUGCCAGAGAGAGACCUGCCUGUGUGACACCGCGGUGGCCUCGUGCUUCGCCAGCUCCCUGCACUCCUACAACAAUUCCUACCGCUUCUACUUCAAGCUCAAAUGCCAAGGCAGCAAGCUCCAGUGCUGA